AUAAUAUAUGUAUGUCUAUAUAAUGCUAUCCUAAUAUCAGGUAAUUCAAUAUUAAAACUACUUUGGAAAGAAAUAAAUAUAUGAUGUUGACGUAAACCCACAAUGCAUGUGAGUGUAUUCCAUAAGCAGGGUUGAAAAUUUGCAUCUCUUACGUACCAUUAAUGCUAAAUGUUCCUUAAACUAGCCUACGCGGACACACCUAUUGAUCUUCUCCUUCUUUUCAAAUAUAUUAUUUGUUGUCAAGCAUUAAAUCAUUAUUAUGCAUGGAGGUUACGUAGUCAACGUUCAAAUAUUAAAAGAUACCAUUACUAUGGCCACCAAACAAAAUUAAACAGAACACCAUUAUUUUCUAAGAUCCUAGGUUUGUUUUUACAUCUACUAGGUAAGGAACCCGUGCAAUAUUGCACGGAAACUCAUUUUAUAGAAAUAAAUCUUUUAUAUUUUAUAAAAAUGGUUUAUAAUUGUUUAAAAAAAAAAUAGAUGUGUUACAAAACUAUUUUGCAUGCAUCUAUAUUCUUUUAUUGAUAAUACUAAAAAUCUGUGUGUUUUAGGUUUGGUUUGUAAUAAAAUUACACGCAUGUCUAUGCAAAGUAAGAUAUAUGUCUUAUUAUAUAUUUCUCUAAAUUAUUUAAAAAUCUCAAAAACUGAAUAUUUGACUUUAUUUCUGCUACAACAAAAUCGUUUUGUACAACAAUACAGUCAAAAUCUCAUUUUUGGUUUUUACUAAGAUACAUGAAUAACACAUAAAGUUUCUGUAUUUAAUGUGUUUCUUUAAAAUCUUUAAUGAUUAAUUGAAAAAUAGAUCUUUCUCUUUAUCUCUGCUAAUUUGUUUUUAAAAUAUGAUUUGUCAAUUCACAUAACUCCUAAUAUAAAGAUUUAAAAGUUGCAAUGGUUAGUAGCCAAUCAUUACAAUGUUUAGAUAAGAGUUAUAAUUGUUAACACCAAAAAUUGCAAUGCUUCACCACCAAAUUCUAUCACUACUAAUAGUUGUAAUGAUUUAUCAUAGUUAUAAUAUUUCAUAAGCAAAAGAUACCAUCACCAAUAACCGCAGUAAUUUACAAAUAUAAAAUAGUAUAGAAUAAUUAAAAUUUGCAAUGAUUUACUUAUAAAAAUGAAUUACUUAUAGUUUCUAAAAAAUCUAUACGCAAUAGCUACAACUGCUUCUUCAAGAACAACCGUAAAACUCUUUUCAUUUCUGUUUUUUUAAUAUCUAUUUGUUAAACUGCUUCUUCAAGAACAACCGUAAAACUCUUUUCUCCACCAUGGCUGCACCGCCAUUGCAACUCCAAAACUCCGUUCACAUCGGCACUACAACUCUGUUCACCGCACCGCUACUGUAACUACGUUACAUUUUAAAAGUUAGACGGUUAGACGAGAAUAAGUACAUAUAACAAUUAAUAGAGAGUUGCAACUGUAGGACAUUUGCAACUUUACAAAAGUUAAAGUGGUUAGAUACAAAUAGCAUAGGUACGGAUAAAAAAUGCAACUUGUGGUAACAAAUUUUUUAAACUAAUUAAUAAACCACAGCUCUUAUAACUAAUAGAUUUAAAAAAAUCGCUAAGGGUUAGUGUUGGUUUGUUAAAAAAAUAUCUUAGCCAUUUUAUUAGAUUAGUGAAGAUUUUACUUUGAAAAAAACAUAGACAUAGAUUAUUUAUAGAUUUUCAAAAAAAAAAAUUUAAUUUAAAAGUAAUUAUUUUGUAAUGAUACUCAUAAGAAUACUCAUAACUUUUAAAUUUAAAGGUAGUUAUUUUAAAAUAAUAUUUUACAAUAUAUUUUGAAUAGACAUAUCAUUUUAAACCAGUUUAAUUAUAAAAGACACUUUAACAAUUUUAAAAAAUAAAUUUUUUAUUUUGACACAUCAUUUCAAAAAAUAAAUAUUUACUUCCCAUACAUCACCACUUGUAACGAACUAUUUAUCUACAAUGUAAAACCAUUUGAUUAUAAUAUCUGUGUGUAUAUGUAUUUGACCUUCCAUUUGCUUUGUUUACAGCUUUCUUCCAGAUCAUCAGGACCGGAACAAGCGGAGGCAUGGCAUAAACCUAAUCACAAAUCAAGCUAGAACUAAGAAGCCAUUUUGCAACAUGAGAAGCUGUUCUCUUCUUCUGUCCUGUCUCUUUUUCUCCUCCUGCAUACUACUGUAGAAUGCAUCAACUUUGUAUUGUAAUCAGUGGCGGAUCUAGAGAUGAAUGUUAUGUGGGGCAUUACCAAAAUUGUUUAAGGAACCAACCAGGACACGAAGAACACUAUCAAAAUUUUACAUGAAAUUUUUAAAAAUCAUUUGGGGCAUCUGCCCCACCCUAUGACCAUGUGGCUCAGCCACUGAUUGUAAUUUACAGCAUGUUAAUGUUAUCAAGUAUUUUUUUUCUUUUAAGUUUGAUGUCGUUCUUGUUAUGCUUUAGUGUACUUGGUAUGCCACACGUGUGAUUGAUACUAAAUACAAAAAGGGUUUAACAAUACAAAAUGGUUUAACAGUUUCCUUUGCGUUAAAAGUCAGAUCUUGUGUAAAGAAGUUCCGACAAGAACCGGGGCUUCUAGCUCUAGUGGUAAAGGGCUUACAGCUGUGAGUACCGCCACCUGGGUUCGAAUUCCGACCACUGGAGAAUUAACAUUUCGGCAUCGCCAGGGACAUAAGACCGACACGGGGCAACACGUGACUAGUCUGCAUCACUUAUGUGGGGCCAGGAUACCUCUGUAUAAUUCAAAAAAAGAAGUUCCGACAAGUACACAACCCCAAGUUAUUUAUUACACAACACGAUGCUUUGUAAGUAUACUGCAGUCCCGAAUAUAUAAAAAGAAAAACCAAAAAAAAACAACAGAAACAAACCAACCGAGUGUGAACCGUUCGAUUCCAAGAGGACAUACAAACCUCAAAGAUGGACCCAAAGAGAAACAAAGUAAAAAGAUGAUUCAUCAGGCCGUAGCCGUAGGGGAGGGAUGGAACGCUGUUCCGCAAGCGAUCCAAAGCCUCUUUCUCCCACCAGGAACGGUACAGCCAGGGACCUUGGCCCACUCCCUGGUAACAGCAUUGUAGGUAAUCAGACGGUUCAUCUGUCUGGACCUCAAGGACAACAUCAUCAGACAACCUUUAUUGCCUAGACAAUUCAUCCUUAUGUGUUUUCCGUAAAACUCCAAGCACCAUAUGUUUGGCAUUCUGUUACGCUUCAAACAGAUCAUGAGGAAACUCCUGCCAUAUUUUUUUAUCCAUGUUUCCAUUAAUUCCAUCAUCUCCUUCUGUGGAUGGUUUUCCUUUAUUCUUCUCUUUUCGAGAUCGCUUGACAGUAUCUAACAUGUUGAAGAUUCCCCUAGGCCUCUUUCCACCAGCAGCCAUUAGAAUAUCACAAGAAUAAUCAGCAGAAGUUUCCUCAGUAAAGGGCAAAGGCAAUGAGAAGGCAUGGACAUAUAUAUAUAGGCUAUUUAUAGAUUUUCAAAAUUUUGUUUGAAAAGUUACAUCUCUUUCAAUUUAAAGGUUGUUUUUAUUGAAAUAAUAUUUAUAUGAAAAGUCACAACUUUUCAAUAUAAAUGGUCACAUUCUUUCAAUAUAAACAGUUAUUUUUUAAUAAAGAAACACAAUUUUUAAUUGUUGAAAACAAAUAACCUUUUAACUUAAAUGAAAUUUACAACUUUUGGAAUUAAUCAUGAUUGCUAUCACAUUCUUUCAAUAUAAACAGUUAUUUUUUAAUAAAAAGACACAACUUUUAAUUGUUGAAAACACAUAAUCUUUUACAUAUCCGAAUAGUCACAAUAUUACACAUAAUCUUUUACAUAUCCGAAUAGUCACAACCUUUAACAAGUAAGAGACACAACCUUUAAUAAUGAGCUAACGCAACUUUUACCAAGAAAGAGACACAACCUUUUAUAAAAAACACCUUAAUGAACAAACACAAGUUUUAACAAGAAUUAUGAUUCUUAUAAAAACACACAACCUUUGGAAUUAAUCAGGAUUCCUAUUAUUAGUAGAUAAAUACCAUACAUAUGUUAUAGUCCAUCUUCAUCACAAACCAACCAACAAAAAAAACCCUAACGAAAACAAAUGAUGGGCAAACUUUGCUUCCUCUCCAUUUUCACGGCCAUGAUUCUGACAUCACAAGCUCAAUACCUUCUUCCAAUCACAAAACACGAACCCACCCAACAAUUCUACACCACUCUCGACAUCGGAACCACCGUAAAAUCUCCACUAAACCUCCUCCUCGACCUAGGAACCAACCUCACGUGGCUCAACUGCCACCAACUCCAAUCUUUAACAUCUCUUCACACCAUCGCUUGCGACAGCGACUCCUGCAAGGUCAUCCCUGGAAACGGUUGCAACGAAAACUCAUGUCUUUACCAGCAACCUAACCCUCUCGGCAGCGAGAACAUAACGGGCCGUGUCGUCCAAGACGCAGCCUCCUUCUCCACUACCGACGGGGGAAACUUACUUUCCCAAGUCUCCUUGCGCAUCUUCACAUUCUCAUGUGCCUACAACCUCCAAGGUGUAUCCCCUCCGGUAGAUGGGGUUUUGAGUCUUUCUCCCGGAAGUUCGUCGUUCACGAAACAGGUGACCUCGGAUUUUAACGUCAUCCCGAAACUGGCUCUCUGCUUGCCUUCAUACGGCACUGGUCGCUUCUAUGUCGCCGGCGUUUACUACAUCAUCCCUCCCUUCGAUAACAGCACUAAUCAGAUUCCUAAGACUUUAACGCCGAUGAGAACUGACUCAGGAGAUUACCUAAUCUCUGUCCAAUCCAUCUACGUUGACGGGACUCCUUUGACGUUGAACCCUAAUUUGCUUCUUGGCGGAGUCGGAGCCAAACUAAGCACGGUGGUUCCGUACACUGUACUCCACACCGACAUCUACAAUGCCCUUGCUCAGUCAUUUACACUCAAGGCAGAGGCAAUGGGGAUAUCUAAGGUCGCAUCCGUUGCGCCGUUUAAAGAUUGUUUCGAUGCACAAAACGUCGCCGGAAAGGAUAUGACGGGACCGAACGUGCCGAAGAUAGAGUUUGGGCUGCCGGGGAAGACAGGGGAGGUGACGUGGGGAUUUUAUGGUGCUAAUACGAUGGUGAAAGCGAGUGAGAUGGUGAUGUGUUUGGCAUUCUACGACGGCGGAAUGAAUCCGAACGAUUGGGUUGUGAUUGGGACACAUCAACUUCAAGAAUAUUUGCUGGAGUUUGACUUGAGCACGUCUACGUUCGCUUUUAGUGACUCACUCUUGCUCCAUUCUACAACCUGCAGCUCCACUUCCCCUUCCUAAAAAUAGAAUCAGUCACAUGCGUAUGACAUUAUGAUAUCGUCCCGUUGCUCUUGAAUAAUAUCUUCUUUAUGUGAUCA